CGCCACCACGUGUGUCCCCGCGCCCGGCGGCCACUCGACUCAGUCCCUCGCCGGCCGGUCUGGGCAGAGGAGGAGGGUGGUUGGCAGUGGCUGGAAGCUUCGCUAUGGGAAGUUGUUCCUUUGCUCUCUCGCGCGCAACCCUCCUCCCUGCUUCUCCGCUGCCGCUGUCGGAGGAGAGCACGGGGAGGCGCGGGCUGCAUCCGCGGCUGCUUCUCCCCGCCCGGGCAGCCACGCCGCUGGGCAGGUGCUGAGCGCCCCCAGAGCCAACCUCGCCGCCUCCCGCCUCUGCCCGGCUGCCCGGCUGCCGCAGUGCACAUGGGGUGUUGGAGGUAGAUGGGCUCCCGGCCCGGGAGGCGGCGGUGGAUGCGGCGCUGGGCAGAAGCAGCCGCCGAUUCCAGCUGCCGUGGGGCCGCGCGCCCCGGGCGCCCCUGCAAGCCCCGGGCUCAGCCAUGGGGACCUCCGCGAGCAACAGCACCACCCUCGCCCCCUGCAGCCGCGUCGCCGGCCGAACUAGAGCCACGAUGAUCGCGGGCUCCUUUCUCCUGCUUGGAUUCCUUAGCACCACCACAGCUCAGCCAGAACAGAAGGCGCCAAAUCUCAUCGGCACUUACCGCCAUGUUGACCGUGCCACUGGCCAGGUGCUAACCUGUGACAAGUGUCCAGCAGGAACCUACGUCUCUGAGCAUUGUACCAACACAAGCCUGCGCGUCUGCAGCAGUUGCCCUGCGGGGACCUUUACCAGGCAUGAGAAUGGCAUUGAGAGAUGCCAUGACUGUAGCCAGCCAUGCCCAUGGCCAAUGGUUGAGAAAUUACCUUGUGCUGCCUUGACUGACCGAGAAUGCACUUGUCCACCUGGCAUGUUCCAGUCUAACGGGACCUGCGCCCCCCAUACAGUGUGUCCUGUGGGUUGGGGUGUACGGAAGAAAGGAACAGAGACUGAGGACGUCCGGUGUAAGCAGUGUGCUCGGGGUACCUUUUCUGAUGUGCCUUCUAGCGUGUUGAAAUGCAAAGCAUACACAGACUGUCUGAGUCAGAACUUGGUGGUGAUCAAACCAGGGACCAAGGAGACAGACAAUGUCUGCGGAGUGCACCUGUCCUUCUCCAGCACGACCUCACCUUCUCCUGGCACAGCCAUCUUCACAAGCACUGAACACAUGGAAUCCCAUGAAGUUCCUUCCUCCACUUAUGCUCCCAAAGGCAUGAACUCAACAGAAUCCAACACUUCUGCCUCUGUUAGACCAAAGGUACCAAGUGGCAUCCAGGAAGGGACAGUCCCUGACAAUACGAGCUCAGCAAGUGGGGAGGAAGGCAUGAAUAAGACCCUCCCAAUCCUCCAAGUAGCAAACCACCAGCAAGGCCCCCACCACAGACACAUCCUGAAGCUGCUGCCAUCCAUGGAGGCCACUGCGGGUGAGAAGUCCAGCACACCCAUCAAGAGCCCCAAGAGAGGCCAUCCCAGACAGAACCUGCACAAGCAUUUUGACAUCAACGAACAUCUGCCCUGGAUGAUUGUGCUUUUCCUGCUGCUGGUGCUUGUGGUGAUAGUGGUAUGCAGCAUCCGGAAAAGCUCAAGGACUCUGAAGAAGGGGCCCCGGCAGGAUCCCAGCACCAUUGUAGAAAAAGCAGGGCUGAAGAAAUCUGUAACUCCAACCCAGAACCGGGAGAAGUGGAUCUACUACUGCAAUGGCCAUGGUAUUGACAUCCUGAAACUUGUAGCAGCCCAAGUGGGGAGCCAGUGGAAAGACAUCUAUCAGUUUCUAUGCAAUGCCAGCGAGAGGGAAGUGGCUGCCUUCUCCAACGGGUACACAGCAGACCACGAGCGGGCCUACGCCGCUCUGCAGCACUGGACCAUCCGGGGCCCUGAGGCCAGCCUUGCCCAGUUGAUCAGUGCCCUGCGCCAGCACCGGCGCAACGAUGUUGUGGAGAAGAUUCGUGGCCUGAUGGAAGAUACCACCCAGCUGGAAACCGACAAACUGGCUCUCCCAAUGAGCCCCAGCCCGCUUAGCCCGAGCCCCAUCCCCAGUCCCAACACGAAACUGGAGAAUUCCACUCUCCUGAUGGUGGAGCCCUCCCCCCUGGAUAAGAACAAGGGCUUCUUUGUGGAUGAGUCCGAGCCCCUUCUGCGCUGUGACUCCACAUCCAGCGGCUCCUCAGCGCUGAGUCGGACCGGCUCCUUUAUUACCAAAGAAAAGAAGGACACAGUGUUGCGGCAGGUCCGCCUGGACCCCUGUGACUUGCAGCCUAUCUUUGAUGACAUGCUCCACAUUCUGAAUCCUGAGGAGCUGCGAGUGAUUGAAGAGAUUCCCCAGGCUGAGGACAAGCUGGAUCGACUGUUCGAGAUUAUUGGAGUCAAGAGCCAGGAAGCCAGCCAGACCCUCCUGGACUCUGUUUAUAGCCAUCUUCCUGACCUAUUGUAGAACCUAGGGAUACUGCAUUCUGGAAAUUGCUCAAUUUAGUGGCAGGGUGGUUCUUUUGUUUCUGAUUUUUGCUUUUUGGUGUG